GACCCAAGAACAAAAUGAAACUAAACCCUAAUUUGACUAUCCAGUUAAUUAUCUUCUACAACAAACAAUCAUCCUCCUCCAAAUAUACACACCUAUACAUACAUUCUGCCUCGAUAAUCCCACCAAAAGAUCGCGUUUGAGUGCCGGAAUCAUGAGAAAUCACGGCAAAGAUGGAUAUAAUCGAUACCAUGUUAACAAGAAGCGGAGGUGGGACCCACCAGUUGAAUCUUGCUCAACAUCAAAGAAAAGAAGGUGGAACCCACCAGUUGAAUCUUCGUCAAAGAAGUUAAAAAGCGGUUCAGAUCAUGUUCCUCGCAAAUGGGUUUAUGCUAAUGAUGAUUAUUCACAUUGCAAAGACAGAGUGGUUUUUGUAUCAUACAACAUAUUAGGUGUUGAAAAUGCAACGAAGCAUCCAGACCUGUACUACAAAGUCCCCCAAGAGUUUCUUGAUUGGGACUGCAGAAAAGAACAGCUAUGCUCAGAGAUCUCUAAAUACAAUCCAAGCAUACUGUGUUUACAGGCAAUCGAUCGUUAUGAUGAUCUAGAUAAAUGUUUUCAAGAAGAUGGCUAUACAGGUGUUUACCAGGCUCGUACAGGUGAAUCAUGUGACGGGUGUGCAGUAUUUUGGAAAACCGAGCAAUUUACUGUUCUACAUGUCGAGAACAUCGAGUUCAAAAAGUUUGGUCUACGUGACAAUGUUGCUCAAUUUUGCGUUCUAAAGUUAAAUAACAAGGAUCCAAAUAAGAGCGGAGAUGGUGAAACACCAGGGCUAAUGUCCUCUCGAAUCUUGUUGGUUGGUAAUAUACAUGUUCUCUACAACCCAAAACGGGGAGACAUCAAGUUAGGCCAGGUCCGUUUGUUUCUGGAGAAGGCCCGUGAACUAUCCCAGCAAUGGGGCAACAUACCAAUUAUACUUGGUGGGGACCUUAAUAGUAUGCCACAGAGCGCAAUGUAUCAAUUCCUAUCAUCUUCUGAGUUGGACAUUCGGUUACAUGACCGAAGAAUUAUAUCUGGGCAGAUCGCUCCAUUUGAGUAUCGAGGAUAUAUAUCCUGUAAAAGAAACAUCGGGUGGAGUGCUGAAGAAUCAAAACUAGCCACUGGAACUAAAAGUGGGACACAUGUCAGACACCAGCUUAAACUUCACAGUGCAUACAUUGCUGUUCCUGGAAGCCCUAGAACAAGGGAUGUAUACGGAGAACCUUUGGCAACAUCAUACCAUUCCAGAUUUUUGGGAACUGUUGAUUAUAUAUGGCAUACGGAGGACCUUGCUCCUGUUAGAGUUCUUGAGACCCUAUCCAUCGACAAUUUGAGACAGUUAGGAGGGCUUCCAAGCAAGAAUUGGGGUAGUGACCAUCUUGCUCUUGUAUGUGAACUGGCUUUUAUGGAUGACUGUAUUAGUGACUAGAGUUACAAAUUUAUUUUAUGUUGUAUGUGGCACAGCUUAUUUUCACCUGUUCAAAUUAUUAUAGAAGAAAUAUUAUAAAGCUCUCUAGGCUGGUUGUAUUAAUUAAAGAUUAGGAGUAAGUUCUCGAAAAUCACCUGUGAGCUGUAUAUUGUACAAGAUAUUAUCUUUAUAAAAGAAAUAUUAUUGAUUA